UGAAUAGUAUCAGCGUAUCUUAUUGGUGCAUUUUGAACUGCCACUGCACUGCGGUCUAUUCAAAAGAGUUAGUCAACUGCAGUCAGCUCGUGAGCAACCCGAAUCAGAAACGACACAAAGUAAGGCAAAGAUGGACGAUUAUGUCAAAAUAGAGAAAAUUGGAGAAGGCACCUAUGGGGUCGUGUAUAAGGGCAGGCACAAGGCCACAGGGCAGAUUGUGGCUAUGAAGAAGAUCCGUCUCGAGAGUGAGGAGGAGGGUGUUCCCAGCACUGCUGUCAGAGAGGUGUCUCUACUACAGGAACUCAAACAUCCCAAUGUUGUACGACUCUUGGAUGUCCUGAUGCAGGAGUCUCGUCUCUACCUCAUUUUUGAGUUCCUGUCUAUGGACCUGAAGAAGUACCUGGAUUCCAUCCCCUCUGGCCAGUACAUGGAUCCCAUGCUGGUCAAGAGCUACCUUUAUCAGAUUUUGGAAGGAAUUUAUUUCUGUCACUGCCGUCGAGUCCUCCACCGGGAUUUGAAACCUCAGAACCUGCUGAUUGACAACAAGGGUGUUAUAAAACUGGCAGACUUUGGCUUGGCUCGGGCCUUUGGUGUUCCUGUCAGGGUCUACACCCAUGAGGUUGUAACUCUGUGGUAUCGCGCUCCAGAGGUCCUUUUGGGCUCAGCCAGGUACUCAACCCCUGUGGAUGUUUGGAGCACUGGAACUAUUUUUGCUGAGCUUGCCACCAAGAAGCCGCUAUUCCAUGGAGACUCAGAGAUAGACCAACUCUUCAGGAUUUUCAGGACACUAGGAACCCCAAACAAUGAUGUGUGGCCUGACGUGGAGAGCCUCCCUGACUAUAAAAACACAUUCCCCAAGUGGAAAUCUGGAAACCUACCAUCCAUGGUGAAGAACCUGGACAAGAAUGGAUUGGACCUGCUAGCGAAAAUGCUGGUUUACAAUCCUCCAAAGAGAAUCUCUGCACGUGAGGCCAUGAAACACCCCUACUUUGAUGACCUGGACAAAUCCACCCUGCCAGCUGCUACCAGCAAUAACAUCUAGGACCCAUUUACUCAUUCCACUUCAACGCAUUCAUUUCCUCUGGGAAUAUUCAUCUGUAAAUACUUCUCUGUUUGUGUGUGUGCAGACCAUAAAAAGUGUAAUGGCUUUCAAUAAACCUAAAAUUAGCAUGAUUUGCUUUUAAACUGA